CACUGGUCGCCCGACUCCUUACUUUCCUUCUUGUUCCUUGAACACCCUCCGAAACCUUCUGGGUGACCAUGGCUGACAGUGAGGACAACACUCUGAGGAUCGUGCUCGUGGGGAGAACCGGCUGUGGGAAAAGUGCCACAGGAAACACCCUCCUGGGGACAGAAAAGUUUGAUUCAAGACCUGCUGCCAAAGCGGUUACCAAGAAGUGCCAGGCAGCGUCCCAGGAAUGGCAGGGGAGGAGGCUCCUUGUGGUCGACACCCCAGGACAAUUUGACACGGAGACCCUGGACACCACCUGCAGGGAGCUCAGCCAGUGCAUCCCGGCCUCGGCCCCGGGGCCCCACGCCGUCGUCAUGGUGAUGCGGCUGGAUUGUCGCUACACGGAGGAGGAGCUGAAAACCAUCGCGCUGAUCAAGAACGUCUUUGGGGAAUCUGUCAUGAAGCACAUGAUCUUCCUGUUCACUCGAAAGGAUGAAAUGGAGGACAGCAGCCUGAGUCAGUUUAUAGCACAGGCACAGGUGUCUCUACGAAGCAUCGUCAGGGAGGCCGGGGGCCGCUGCUGCGCCUUCAACAACAGGGCGGGGGCGGCCGAGAAGGAGGCUCAGGUGCAGGAGCUGGUGGGGCUGAUAGAGAAGAUGGUGCAGAGCAACGGAGGGGCCUGCUUCUCUGACAACAUCUACAAGGACAUAGAGGAAAAGCUGAUACAGCAGGAUGAGAACCUGAAGAAUAUCUACGAUAAUCAAUUAUGCAAUGAAAUGAAACUGGUGGAAGAGGAAUAUGCUGAUAAACCCCACGAAAGGGAAAGAAACAUUGCACUUCUGAAGAGGCAAUGUGAGGACCGAAAACAAGUGACAAGCUUCAAGCCUCUGAGGAUCGUGCUCGUGGGGAAAACUGGAAAUGGGAAAAGCGCCACAGGAAACACCAUCCUUGGGGAGAAAGUGUUUGAUUCAAGGGUUGCUGCCCACGCUGUUACCAAGACAUGCAGCGGAGAAUCCCGGGUAUGGCACGGGAGAAGCCUUCUAGUGGUCGACACCCCGGGGCUCUUUGACACCAAGGAGAGCCUGGACACCACCUGUAGGGAGAUCAGCCGGUGCAUCCUGGCCUCGACCCCGGGGCCCCACGCCAUCCUCAUGGUGGUGCAGCUCACCCGCUACACGGAGGAGGAGCAGAGAACCAUGGCAUUGAUCAAGAACGUCUUUGGGGAAUCCGUCAUGAAGCACAUGAUCUUCUUGUUCACGCGCAAGGAAGAGUUGGGGAACCGCAGCCUGAGUGAGUUUAUAAAGGAAGCUCACGUGAAUCUCAGAAGCAUCGUCAAGGAGGCUGGGGGCCGCUGCUGCGCCUUCAACAACAGAGCAGGGGAGGCCGAGAGGGAGGAUCAGGUGCAGGAGCUGGUGGGGCUGAUAGAGAAGAUGGUGCAGAGCAACGGAGGGGCCCACUUCUCUGACGCCAUCUACAAGGACAUAGAGGAAAAGCUCAAAGAAAAGGUGGAGAACUUGAAGAAAAUCUACACAGAGCAAUUAAAUAAUGAGAUUAAACUCGUAGAAGAGGAAGAUGCUGAUAAACCCCAGGGAGAAAGGGAAAGAGAAAUCCAACAGCUGAGGAGGAAACAUGAAGAGAGAAUGAAAAUUAUAAAUGAAGAAGCUAAGAAGAAUAUAUUUGAUUAUGUUGUGAGUGGGUUUAAGAAGAUGCUUUCAAAAAUGUGGAAUAAGUUUUUCAAGUAAAAACAUUUCAGGUUUUCUACUUAAUUUAGUGGAUUUAUUAAUGUGGUAGAUUGUAUUUCCCAAAUAUGGCUAUAAAAAUGCCUUCUGUCUUACUAAUUCCUGCAGUCUGACCUUGUUUCUCCUUCUAUUAAGUUGCGGGGUCUGUGUCCCCUGCCUUGAAGUGGAUGGACUUCCAGGCCGCUUUGACGAACAGCAGGUGUCUGAAGCAACCCCGGGGUCUUCUCGGGUAAGCCAGAACAUACCCCCUGCUCCCUUGGGUGCUCGCCCUUGGACUGGCCACCAUGUUUUGAGCAAGCCUAGGGGACAGCAAGAGCCCCCGUGGAGAGGACUUGAAGUCACUGUCCAGUCCAGUGCUGAUGAUCAUCUGCAGCACAAGAGAUGGACAUUGAAGUGGAUUCCCCAGCUGCCCUUUGAGCCCCCUCCCAUGAAGCUGGAGAGAGCAAAGACGAGCCACCCACCCUGAGUCCCAUCCAAAUGCAGAUUCAUGAGAAAAUAAAUGAUUCUUCUUUUC